AUGCAAAGGAGGAGGAGGCGGGAGCACUGACAGCCAGCUGGGGGCUGACCUGAUUCCCUAGAAUCCUCAGCUCCCUUCCUCUUCCCUCCCAGCGUCCUUCCUUCCCUUUUUUCUCGCCCUCUCCCCCCUUUUUUCCUUUUCCCAGAUAAGCUGCUCCGGGAAACAAAGAACUCGGGCUCUCCGGACAGCAGCGCCGGAACCGAGCGCUCUGCCAGCGGCUCCUCGUUCCGGGGACCAGGGCUCCCCGGCUCUGCAUCCCUCCCCAGCCUCCCCCGCCUCCCGCGCUCGCUCGCUCGCUCGCUCCCUCCCCGCUCGCUUCCUCCCCCACCAUCGCAGCGCUGGGAGGAAGGCGGCUGGGGCUCAAGAUGGCUUUAGCCCGGCUCUGCGCCCUGCUCGCCUGCUGCUGGGGGCCGGCGGCGGUGCUGGCCACAGCCGCCGGCGACGUGGAUCCAUCCAAGGAGCUGGAGUGCAAGCUCAAAAGCAUCACGGUGUCGGCGCUGCCCUUCCUGCGCGAGAACGACCUGAGCAUCAUGCACAGCCCCUCGGCCUCCGAACCCAAGCUCCUCUUCUCGGUGCGCAACGACUUCCCGGGAGAAAUGGUCGUGGUGGACGACCUGGAGAACACCGAGCUGCCCUACUUCGUGCUGGAGAUCUCAGGGAACACGGAGGACAUCCCCCUAGUACGCUGGAGGCAGCAGUGGCUGGAGAAUGGCACUUUGCUCUUUCACAUCCAUCACCAAGAUGGUGCCCCGAGUCUUCCUGGGCAGGACCCAACGGAAGAGCCCCAGCAUGAAUCAGCCGAAGAGGAGCUGAGGAUCCUGCACAUCUCAGUCAUGGGAGGCAUGAUCGCUCUGCUGCUGUCCAUCUUGUGUCUGGUGAUGAUCCUGUACACCCGGAGGCGCUGGUGCAAACGCCGCCGGGUCCCCCAGCCGCAGAAGAGUGCCAGCGCGGAGGCGGCCAACGAGAUCCACUACAUCCCCUCGGUGCUGAUCGGGGGCCACGGGCGGGAGAGCCUGCGCAACGCCCGCGUGCAGGGCCACAACUCCAGCGGCACGCUGAGCAUCCGGGAGACACCUAUCCUGGAUGGCUAUGAGUACGACAUCACAGACCUGCGCCACCACCUGCAGAGGGAGUGCAUGAACGGAGGGGAGGACUUCGCCAGCCAGGUCACACGCACCCUGGACUCCCUGCAGGGCUGCAAUGAGAAGACAGGGAUGGACCUCACACCAGGUGGGGGAAGUGACAAUGCCAAGCUGUCGCUGAUGAACAAGUACAAAGAUAACAUCAUUGCCACGAGCCCCGUGGACUCCAACCACCAGCAGGCCACCCUGCUCUCUCACACGUCCAGUAGCCAGAGAAAGCGGAUCAACAACAAAGCAAGAGCCGGUUCCGCCUUCUUGAACCCUGAAGGGGAUUCUGGCACGGAGGCAGAAAAUGACCCUCAGCUGACCUUCUACACGGAUCCCUCUCGCAGCCGGAGGCGCAGUCGAGUGGGUUCUCCCCGGAGUCCUGUGAACAAGACCACCUUGACCCUGAUCAGUAUCACCAGCUGUGUCAUCGGCCUCGUGUGCUCCUCUCACGUCAGUUGCCCUCUCGUUGUCAAAAUCACGCUGCAUGUUCCCGAGCACCUGAUUGCUGAUGGGAGCCGCUUCAUCCUGCUGGAGGGCAGCCAGCUGGAUGCCAGUGAUUGGUUGAACCCUGCCCAAGUGGUGCUCUUCUCUCAGCAGAACUCCAGUGGGCCCUGGGCCAUGGACCUCUGUGCCCGGCGGCUCCUGGACCCCUGUGAACAUCAGUGUGACCCCGAAACUGGUAGGCAGGAGCACCGGGCAGCGUGCGAGUGCCUCUGCUACGAAGGGUACAUGAAGGAUCCAGUCCAUAAGCACCUUUGCAUUCGGAAUGAAUGGGGGACAAACCAGGGGCCUUGGCCUUACACAAUAUUUCAGCGAGGCUUUGACCUGGUUUUGGGAGAGCAGCCCUCUGAUAAAAUAUUCAGAUUCACCUACACCCUGGGCGAGGGCAUGUGGCUGCCCCUGAGCAAGAGCUUUGUGAUCCCGCCAGCAGAACUGGCCAUCAAUCCCUCCGCCAAGUGUAAGACCGACAUGACCGUGAUGGAGGAUGCGGUGGAGGUCAGAGAGGAGCUGAUGACCUCAUCCUCCUUUGACAGCCUGGAAGUUCUCUUAGACUCCUUUGGGCCAGUGCGAGACUGCAGCAAAGAUAACGGGGGCUGCAGUAAGAACUUCCGCUGCAUUUCCGAUCGCAAGUUGGACUCCACUGGUUGCGUGUGCCCAGCCGGACUCAGCCCCAUGAAGGACAGCUCGGGCUGCUAUGACCGCCACAUCGGGGUGGACUGCUCAGAUGGCUUCAAUGGCGGCUGUGAGCAGCUGUGUCUCCAGCAGAUGGCGCCCUUCCCGGACGACCCCACCCUGUACAACAUCCUCAUGUUCUGCGGGUGCAUCGAGGACUACAAGCUUGGUGUGGAUGGACGCUCUUGCCAGCUCAUCACGGAGACCUGCCCAGAGGGAGGUGACUGUGGAGAGAGCAGGGAGCUUCCCAUGAACCAGACUCUCUUUGGGGAGAUGUUCUUUGGUUACAAUAACCAUUCCAAAGAAGUAGCCACUGGACAGGUGCUGAAAGGAACAUUCAGGCAAAACAACUUUGCUCGUGGUAUAGACCAGCAACUGCCAGAUGGGCUUGUGGUGGCCACUGUCCCCUUGGAGAAUCAGUGCUUAGAGGAGAUCUCCGAGCCCACCCCGGACCCCGACUUCCUGACUGGGAUGGUGAACUUCAGUGAAGUGUCUGGGUACCCCGUGCUGCAGCACUGGAAGGUCCGGUCGGUGAUGUACCACAUCAAACUCAACCAAGCGGCCGUCUCUCAGGCCUUCAACAAUGCCCUUCAUUCCCUGGAUGGGGCCACGUCUCGUGCGGACUUUGUGGCCUUGUUGGGCCAGUUUGGCAACCAUUACAUCCAGGAAGCUAUCUACGGCUUUGAGGAGUCCUGUUCCAUCUGGUACCCAAAUAAGCAAGUCCAGCGGCGACUCUGGCUGGAGUACGAAGACAUCAGUAAAGGCAACUCCCCAUCCGAUGAGUCGGAGGAGCGGGAAAGAGACCCCAAGGUGCUGACGUUCCCAGAAUACAUCGCCAGCCUGUCCGACUCUGGCACCAAGCGAAUGGCAGCCGGAGUCCGCAUGGAGUGUCAGAGCAAAGGGCGAUGUCCCUCAUCUUGCCCCUUGUGUCAUGUGACAUCCAGCCCUGACACGCCUGCCGAACCUGUUCUGCUGGAGGUGACCAGAGCAGCCCCCAUCUAUGAACUGGUGACCAACAACCAGACCCAAAGGCUCUUACAGGAGGCCACCAUGAGCUCCCUCUGGUGCUCGGGCACUGGAGACGUCAUUGAGGACUGGUGUCGCUGCGACUCCACCGCUUUCGGAGCUGACGGACUCCCCACCUGCGCGCCGCUCCCACAGCCUGUGCUGAGACUCUCCACGGUUCAUGAGCCCAGCAGCACCCUCGUGGUCCUGGAGUGGGAACACUCAGAGCCACCAAUCGGGGUGCAGAUUGUGGACUACCUCAUCCGUCAAGAGAAGGUCACCGACAGGAUGGACCACUCCAAAGUGGAGACAGAAACGGUGUUGAGUUUCGUGGACGACAUCAUCUCUGGAGCAAAGUCCCCGUGUGCCAUGCCAUCUCAAGUGCCAGACAAGCAGCUCACCACCAUCUCGCUCAUCAUUCGGUGCCUGGAGCCCGACACCAUUUACAUGUUUACCCUGUGGGGCGUGGACAACACGGGCCGGCGCUCCAGGCCAAGCGACGUGAUCGUGAAGACCCCGUGCCCCGUGGUGGACGAUGUCAAAGCCCAAGAAAUAGCAGAUAAGAUCUACAAUCUCUUCAAUGGCUAUACCAGCGGGAAAGAGCAACAGACUGCCUACAAUACCCUCCUGGAUCUGGGUUCCCCCACUUUACAUCGAGUUCUCUACCACUAUAACCAGCACUAUGAGAGUUUUGGAGAAUUCACCUGGCGGUGUGAGGAUGAGUUAGGCCCCAGGAAAGCUGGCCUCAUUCUCUCCCAGCUUGGAGACCUCAGCAGCUGGUGCGACGGACUCCUUCAGGAGCCCAAGAUAGGCCUGCGCCGCAGCGCGCUCAAGUACCUGGGCUGCCGCUACAGCGAGAUCAGGCCCUACGGACUCGACUGGUCAGAGCUCAGCCGCGACCUCAGGAAGACUUGUGAGGAGCAGACCCUGAGCAUCCCCUACAAUGACUACGGGGACAGCAAAGACAUCUGACAGCACGGGGCCAGCGAGUGGCUGCCAAACUGGGGCAGGAGAGCGGAGGGGGACAUCUGGGUUGGUUUGUGGGUUUUUAUCAUUUUUUAAUGGAACAUUGAAAGCUCCAGAGAUGACACCCAGGGAGGAAGGGGUCCUUUCUCCGUGCAAACUUCUUCAGUCUGACGCGCUCCAUCGGCACCAUCAGUAAGCCCGCCAGGCAGUGGCUUCAUGCAGCACCAUUUUUUUCUUAGAGGGUUUCUUUGGGACUUGUUUUGGUGUUAAUUUGUUUCAUCCUUUUUUUUUUUUUUUUUUAACCCUCAAGAGUCCUGUCCAAAUGCUCAAGAAUUCUGUCAUACUCCCACAAAGGUUCCACCUGGCCGAGGCACCUGCUCUUACUGAGUUCCUGAGUCCAUUGCAACUGGGGACAGAGGCGGAGCUGGAGAGCUAGGCCUGCAAGGGCCUGACCUCAGGCCUUCCUUGGGCAGCGUCUUGCUCUGGGAGCCCCAGCCCUGCUCAGAGAGGAAGACGCAAAGCAAACUGGGGGACUGGCCCUUGUGUGUGCAUCCCGGUUUCCUCCAGGCCUUCCCACGGCUGUCUCCACCCCUCAAAGGUGACACCUCGACGCCGUGAUAGCCCAGUGGGCCUCCUGGGUUUCUAGGUCUCCCAUUUUAAGCCAGGACUAGAAUUAAACCUCCCUCAAUGGGGCUCUGCUCUGCCCUCUGAACACCAUUAUCUUUCAGCAGUGACAAGAUGCCCCCUGUGGAAUCUCCUGGAAGGAGGCGUUCCUAAGUGGCAAUUAGAUGUCACUGCCAAGUGCACCUUCAGAGACGUCUCCCUGGGAGACUAGCUGGCAGUUCACAACCUACUGAAGUAAGCAGCAUUUAAACAAACCAACCAACCCGUGCCCCCUUUGAAAGGUCCUCUUCAGACCACUAACGUGCACCCCAGCGCCUGGGUUCUCAGCGCCUGCCCCUCACCCGGCAGGUGAGGCUGGGUUCAAGAGGGGUUGGCACGUCCAUGUCAGUGUUUCGGUGAAUUAGAGCUAUUAUUGAUCUCCAGAAAGGUCUGUCCUCUCUCUCCCCUUGCUAAACUUGCUGAGUUGCUAGUUUUGCCAGUGGUUUCCUUGAGGACCAUCAGUGGGAGGAUGCCGCGGUGGUCGCCACCUUCUGGCUGCUGGCAUAGCAGAGUUUCUGUGCAGCCAAUCAGUGCUGAGCCACAGCCCCACCCACUGCCUGAGCAUUGCACAGAGGCCAGCUAAGGGGAAGCCAGCCCUCCAGAAACAAGCCCCUGGGGCCAUGUCGGCCAUCAAUGGCCUUAAACGCCCACACCUCACUUUCAGCCACCCUUGCUUUGUCUGGGACGCCUUAUGUGGAAACCCACCACAGAGGUCAGAAAGGAGGUGCAGGACCCCCUGAAUCCUACAACAACCCCCUGGGGAAAGUGCUGUUCUUGUCAAUGUCUCAGUGAAGAGGAAAGGGAGGCAGAGAAGUGAUGCGGCUUGUCCCUGUCCUUCGAGCACUGAGUGCUGAGCCACAGUGUGAGUUCAGACUGUUGGACUCCAAGGCACCGGGUCUAGCAGCCCCUGAGCCUUACCGCUCUCAAAGCAUUCAGCCGUCCCUGAGCUCCACGGGGACCUCCCCAGAGGGCUACACCUUUCCCAAGCACCAUGGCCCAGAUGUGGCCACCAGCAGUGGAACAGGGAGACAGGGAGGACCGUGGAGCAAGCACCUUUGACCCCGCAGCUCUGUAGCCCAUGCCUCUCACCAGUGAUGGGAAGAGCUAGGAUGGGCCGAAGGCCCAGACUGGCCUCCAUCGCUCUCCUCUUCUUUCCAGAGAAACCUUGAAUGAUGUCUGUCAUUCUUCCUAACGCCAGGGCCUCAGAGGCGCCCCUCCUUCCAGAGCAGAGAACAUGGCUGCCCACCUGGGGUGGAUGAGGGCCCCCAGGUAAAGUGCCUCCAAAGCAAUUGUCCACCACUGCCACGGGAGAGGAUGCCACGGGCCGAGGCCAUCCUUCUGUUCAAGUCUGUGCAGAAGACGGCAUCUUGACUUGGAGCAGCAGGACGGAGAGGCCACCGGCACCUUCCUGCCCAGCAGUGGGGAGACAGGAGCUGACGGCAGGGAGGAGGCGAGGAGUGGCACUGAGCCACCCUCUGUCACCCCUUCCUGUUUUUAUUUUGUAAAGGCACACUACCUUCCUCUCUCCUUCAUCCUUGUUCCCUGCUCAACCCUGUCCCUCCACCUCCUUUUUGUCCCCUUUUCCUUUGUCCCCUCCCUUUGCUGUUUUUUUUUUGGUCCCCUCCCUUUGCUUUUUAUGGCCUUCCUCCUUUCCCCUUCCCCAGGAUUCUUUUCACCCCCCCCCAUGCACACCCACACACACCCACACACACCCACACACGCUGUCCACACACCCCUGUGACUGGGUCCAAUUUACUUUCAAGUUUAAAAGGCCAACACAGAUGGGGUGUGGCUCGUCUUAGGAAGGGCAUACACAUAACUGGAGGCUUCUCCCUGGAGGACACCCGACCACACCUUGCCCGUGUUCCUCAGUGCUUGCCCGGAGGCGCCCAUCCUGGCUAGAAGGGGUGGCGGUCCCGAGCCAGUAUUAGACCUCAAGUUUCCAAGGUGCCAACAGCUCUCAUGGAGUCCCUCUGCCCGUGACACUCCCAGCUCCACGUCCCUUUGAGAUCUCUGCUGUGUCCUCCCUAAUGUACAUGAACCACUGUAAUAGCAUAGAUCUUGAAUGGAGUGUGCAAUUGUUUUCCACGGAGUUUGGUCCAUUGUUAUUUUUAGUUAACUGCAUUUCUUGAUAUUCAAUUGUUCUAUUAAAAAAAAAAAGCAAGUGUGGAAAGAAACACUUUACUACUGUAGAAGGAGGAAAGAAUAUAAUGUGACCAUCUUCAAGUAUAACAGUGUUGUUUGAAAGAGAAUUAUUGUAUGAUUAUAAAAAUGAAGUAAUCAACUAAAUAAUAAACAAAGCUGUUAGUAA